AUGCCAACAUCAUCCCCCUCACCUCCAAACCCAAACCCAAACCCCUGGACCGCCCGCCUCCGCCCCCGCCCCAACCGCCCUAUAACCCCACACCCCCCGCCCAGCAGCAGCACUUCGGCCUCCAAAAAACCACACCCGCAAGCCAAACCCAAACCAACCUGGUCCAAAACCCUCGCCCCCGCCUCCGCCGCAUACCAGCAAGCGCGUCAGCGCCAGCGCAAGCGGAGACGCAAGACUGGAAGUGUGCGGUUUACGAGGGCGAAAGGGAAAGGGAAAGGGAAAUCUAAAUCCAAAGCGAGGAGCGCACGGGCGAGCGAGGGCAAAGCGGCAAAGGGGGGCGCUUCUGCUUUUGGUGGGGUUGCGGAGAAGAGGGGGAGAGAGGAGGGGGAGGAGGAGGUGAAGAGGGUGGAGGAGGAGUAG